GCUAAUCUAACGUUACUCGAAUCGGAGAAGCAGAAACGCAAACAUGGCUGCGAACGGUAAAGCUGGCAAACCAGGGAAACCUGGAAAGGAAUCCCAGCCGCUAAUAAUUGCUAAAACUCCUGCAGAGGAGCAACGAUUGAAAUUGGAAAGACUGAUGCGCAAUCCUGACAAACCUGCACCUAUUCCAGAGAGGCCAAAAGAUUGGAAUCCUCGUGCUCCUCCAGAGUUUGUUCGGGAUGUGAUGGGCUCCAGUGCUGGUGCUGGCAGUGGAGAGUUUCAUGUGUACAGACAUUUGCGCCGACGAGAAUACCAGCGACAGGAUCACCUGGACCGAAUGUCUGAACAUCAAAAACUGGAUGAGGACUAUCAGGACAAAAUAAAGGAAAACCAGCAAGCUGCUGAGGAAAGAACAGCCAAGCGUCGUAAGAAAAGGGAAAAGCUUAAACAGAAGAAACUGAUGGCAAAGAAAGCCAAACAAGAGAGCAAUAAAACUGAAGACUCCGAGAGUGAAUCCUCCAAUGAUAAUGAAAAGGAAGUGGAGGGGGCUGAGGAUGAUGCCGAAGUUCCAAGCUUUGUCAUGGGGAAGAGGUGAUUGGUCCAGACCAGACCACCCGACGGCCCCCACCAGACGACCCUUGCCCUAUGUUCGUAAGCGACAUCCCCAACACGAUCUACCCACGCAGGACCACAAUUACCUUUUUUGUACCUUUGGUUAUGGAGGCUGGUUGUGUUGUUAAAUGAAAGAUCUGCUUGAUUGUUGGAGGUGUAGAAUGGUGCAUUGUCUCAGCUUUGAUACUUUGUCAGAACGGAAAUUAAUGUUAGCCUCCUGUGGGUUUAAAAGAAAAACUACUCUUCUUUAAUUAGGGGGGAUUACAGAUCUGUUGAUGGUGAGGAUGAGUGAAUGAAAUAUUGUCUAGGUGUUACUUGCAUACAGAAAACUCUCAUUUUGAUUUGUAUUUUUAUAGUGAUUGUGUGUACAUAUUUUUUAAUAAAAUGUAAAGACAUAAACU